CGACCGCCUGCGAGAAACGUGGCCAGAAAAGAGAGAAAGGACGAAGGGCACAGGGCGCAUAGCUGACCAGGACGAGAAACAAUAAUAACGUUAAUAAUAAUAAUAAUACUAAUAAAAGUAGCCAUCUACGUUAACUGCAAGUCGCCGAGACAUUUGACUUUUUGUUUUUGUGCGAGCGUGUGUCCGUGUGUCUGUGUGCGUGCGAAACGGCGAAAGGAUAUAGGAUACACGUAUAUACACGCGAGUGUGCGCGUGUGUGCGUGUGUGUGCUGGGGCCACGUGAAGGCGAAGGCGCGCAACAACAGGAGCGGUUGGGAUACAGAUAGAGAUAGAGAAAGUGACAGUGGCAGUGCUGGCGAAAACCCGAAAGUGAAAGCAGCAGUAGUAGCAGCAGCAGCAGCAGGAACAGCAAGGAUUCGUAGCGUAGCAUUCAACGGGCGCGUAUCCUUCAGCCGUAAACUGUUGAAUAUAGAAUGACGCUGCUGACAAAAAUCAAUGCGAAGCCCAAGGAAGCAACAGAAGCAGCAGCAGCAGCAGCAGCAGCAGUAACGCUAACAACAGCCAGGAUCUCCAGUCUGCGCCGCUCCUCCUGGAUAAGGAUAACGCUAUAAGGCUAAGCGUAAGCACAACUCGAGCGAGAGAGAGAGAGCAAGAGAAGAGCAAAGAAGCGGAGAAGUGGAGAGGCGGAAGUGCCCCUUCAAGUGCAACAAUCGCCGAAUUCUCGGCAACUCACCAAGCUACAAGCCAUCCCCCCCGUCCCCGCUGUUAUCCUUUUGAUUCGUAACUGUUGAGGGCCGAGAUACAAAAGCGCAAUGAAGCCGUCGGAUUUGUUGCUGGUGCUGGAGAAGGUCAAGUUCAGGGUGCCCCUGCCGCCAGGAGUCAGCUCGACGACGCUUCUGCCCAAGCUCAUCCGCACCAAGGACGUGAAGCAGCUGCAGGAUGGCAACGCACAGCCACAGAAGCCCAAGCUAACGAAAUGUCUUAACACGCUGGACCUGACCUCGCUGGGCAUCGGAUCCUGCUGCGGCACGGGCAUGUACCUGGUGGCCGGCAUGGUGGCCCAGAAGAUAGCCGGACCCGGAGUGAUUAUUAGUUUUAUUAUAGCCGCCAUAGCGAGCAUUUUCUCAGGCGCCUGCUAUGCAGAGUUUGGCGUUCGUGUGCCACACACAUCCGGCUCGGCCUAUAUGUAUUCAUAUGUGGCGGUUGGAGAAUUUGUAGCUUUUAUAAUUGGUUGGAACAUGAUAUUGGAAUAUCUAAUAGGAACAAGUGCCUGUGCCUGUGCGUUAAGUUCUAGUUUCGAUUCCCUGACUGGCAAUGCCAUUGCGCGGACGAUAAGCGAGUCCAUCGGCACGAUAUUCGGCAAACCACCGGACUUUAUUGCCUUCGGCAUCACGCUGCUCAUGACCUGCGUCCUGGCGAUGGGUGCCAGCAAGUCGGUCAUCUUCAACCAUUCACUCAACGCCGUCAACCUGGCCACGUGGGUCUUCGUAAUGGCCGCCGGGCUGUUCUAUGUGGAUACGAAGACGUGGUCCGAGCACCAGGGAUUCCUGCCCUACGGCUGGAGUGGUGUGUUUUCCGGUGCUGCAACCUGCUUCUACGCCUUUAUCGGUUUCGACAUCAUCGCGACAACCGGCGAGGAGGCACACAAUCCACAGAAGAGUAUACCGAAGGCGAUCGUUGGUUCCCUGGUCGUCGUGCUAAUCGCCUACGUUAGCGUUAGUCUAGUCCUAACUUUAGUGGUUCCCUACGACCACAUCAACACGGGAGCGGCGCUGGUCCAGAUGUGGUCGUACGUGAAUGCCCCGAAGUGCCGGGCGGUGGUGGCCAUCGGUGCCACCGCAGGACUUUCGGUGGCCAUGUUUGGCUCCAUGUUUCCCAUGCCACGAGUCAUCUAUGCGAUGGCCCAGGACGGCUUGAUAUUCAGACAACUAUCGCAGCUGUGGCACCGCACCAAUGUGCCCGGACUGGCGACCAUUGGCAGCGGACUGGCCGCCGCCCUGGUGGCGCUCACUGUGCGCCUGGAGAUCCUCGUCGAGAUGAUGUCCAUUGGGACGCUGUUGGCCUAUACGCUGGUGUCCACUUGCGUCCUGGUGCUGCGCUAUCAGCCGCACAGCACCUCGCUUGUGGAGCUGCUCCCAGCUCAGUUGCGCACCCCGGUGGCGCACGGGACGGCCAGCGAUUCCCGCUCCCACGUUACGCCCGCCGAGGUGCUGGAGGUGCCUGGCAAGCUGACCAUCAAGCGUGUCACGCGCGGCAUGUCCGAUUCGGACGACUCCUUCAUUGACGACAGUCCGGAGGGUUUCCUGGGCGGUCGCGACGACCAGUUUCUCGUGUCCGAUCGCUCCGAGAACAAGUUUUACGGCAGUGUACAUGGCGCACCAACCGGGCCAACUGGCCAGGCGACCGCCUUCGAUGCCAUGGGCCUGAACUUCGUCACCCGGAAGAUCCAUGACUAUGCGUACCUGUGCCCAGGCUUCUUUCCCUGGAUCAAUCCCGGCCAGGCCACCGCCGAGAGUGGCAUGUACGUCACCAAGCUAGUGGGCAUCAUGUUCGGUCUCAUAUUCUUCCUGGACCUGUUCGCGGCCAUUGGCUGGUCCGGUGGCCUCGCCGCCUUCAUUUAUUUCAUUUUGUUUAUCGGCAUAUUUGUGAUAUUAUUGAUUAUAUCGAGGCAGCCGCAGAAUAGAUAUGCGCUGGCCUUCCUCACGCCCGGACUCCCGUUCAUUCCGGCCAUCGCCAUCACAGUGAACAUCUACCUGAUAUUCAAGCUGAGCAUCCUCACGCUGGUACGCUUCACCGUAUGGAUGUCGCUGGGAUUCAUUAUGUACUUCUACUACGGCAUCACGCACAGCAGCCUCGAGCAGGCCAGCGACGACCUGGAGUUGCAUGUCGACUACAGCAAAAACGUCGAGGAGAAGGCCGUGUGGGAUCAGCAAUCGUACAACCAGACCCACGAACCCGUCUGGGCCAGCAAGGAGGUGAAGCAGCCGUCGACAGAGCAGCGCUAUAACUACGGAAAGACCACGUCAUCUUCGUCGUCGGCCCAGGGCAGUUCGAGAAGUGGCCAGGGCAGUGCGCCGGAGAAGCCAGCUGGCAGGAGCACUGCGGGCUUAAACCGACCUGUUCCACCACCGCCGAUCGCCGGACAGGCGAAGGGAUCGGGAUCGGGCAGCGGUCCUCCGAUGGAACGCCAGUACACUGGCCAGUUCAGCAUGUUCGUGGACGAGGGCCAGUUCCCCACGUGGGAUGACUAAGCACAGAGACCCAGUUGCAGUCCCAGUCCCUGUCCCUGUCCCAGUUACCAUUCCAAUUCCAAUUCCAGUCCCAGUUCCCCAAACCCUAUACCCGCUAAUUCCCGAGUGAUGCUCCAUCAACGAAAGACAACCCACUCACAUCGGCUACGAUCUCAAUGGCAGUCAGUUCGCUGGAUCCGGACCAGUAGCUGGAUCCGGUCAGCCGGAUGCAGCUCACUCACUUGUAAAUACGAUUAGAGAUGUUAAGUUUAACCAUAUGGAUGGCGAGGUGUGUUGUUGGCGGUUCGCAGAUGCAUGCCGUAUACAAGCCUGGACGGUGGAGUCAUUGUUCACAGCACUCCGCUGGACCAACAGCGAGGUCACCGUUAUACACAUAUACCAUAUACAAUACAUAAUAUACACUCAUAUAUAUAUUGAUAUAUAUAUAUAUAUAUGUAUUGAUUAUACAAGCAAAUAUAUAUUUACAUAUAUAGCGAUGGGUUAUUAGUUCAGCAAGAGUUAAAGUGCAAAGUUUGCCGAAUUCAAAUUACCCAAACCUUGAUACCAAACCGACCGAUUAGCGAUAGACGAUAAGCAAAGCCACGGACAACCGAUUAAACAUAACAAAUAACAGAUAAUAGAUAACUGAUAAAUGAUAUAACCAACAACCGAUAACCGAUAACCAUUGAACGAUUGUGCUCAACUCCGAUUGGCUGGCGUUUUGGGUGACGUUGGUCAAUCGGCUUUCAGCACAGGCAUCAGGAAGGCAGACACAAUACUAUUCGGGCGUGUGUCUGAUCCAGUUCAGAUAUGUACCACACCACAUGGCAGUGAGGUGGUCGGGUCGUCGGGGUGCUACCAUGCACAACUGUACAUUUUAGGCACCAUCACCCCCACACUCGCAACCGCACUCACUCACUGACACGCUCCAAUACCAGAGACAAACUUGAAAUCCUGUGCUUGUGGAUGGAUCCCUCUAGCAGGUCAGAGGUCACCGUUCGUAACCCCAAAUGAUAUUGGCCCUCUGGCCCAAGACGAUCCUUGCACAAUGUCGGGAUUUGCUCAGCCACACAGACAGACAGACGAUAGACAAAUUGACGAUAUUACGAGACACCUGACGAUCUUGAACACUAACCUUAUGCACCUAUGAUUCGAUAUUGUUGUUUACAUAUUUAUGCUAUGCAUUUUAUACGGCGCCUGGACGCGAGGUUUUACAGUACAGUACGCUCUGCCUACGGCCGUCCCGUCUUACACACUCUUUCGAAAUGUUAUUUGUUUUUUAUUCUAGAGCUCGCGCUAAACUAAAACUCAUUUUUAAAGCGGCAUUUCGCAUUCGUUGUAAUACAAUUUAUUUUACUAAUGGAAUACGAAGCAAAAAUUAUACAAAUAUGCAUAUAUAUUUAUAAAAAUUACCAUAUAGACGAAUACCAAAGAAUACCAAAUAUUUAUUGAACUAUUCAAACUUAAACCAAGGAUAAAACCAAAGCAAGCAUAACUACAAAUAUGUAUAAACACAAUGAUAUUUAAACCAAAAGCAAAUAUGAUAAUGAAAACAUUUAUGUACAAGUACAAGCAUACUUUUUUCCACUUUAUAUACUAUGUACAAGCAAACCAUGCAUAACUAUUUUUAGCUAAAUUACAAGUAUGGCAAGUUAAAGCAAAAUCAACCUUUUUAAUAAUAAUAAUAAUACUUAUGAUAAUUUAUUCCUUUUGUACUUCACGACUUUGUACAGGAAAGAAUCCGAAUAGCGAAUAUCAAAGAUUGCAACAAAAACUCAAUAACCUAGGGCUAGCCCUCGAUCUUUCGAUCUAGCCCCGCAACAGAGAAGAACACUAUUUAUAUACAAAACAAACGUACCGUCUAAGACAUUCGAUUCUUGAUUUCAACCUAUGUAUGUAUGUAUUUCGUUCGAGUCCAUUCAUUUCCGUUGAAUCUGUUAAAUUUCGAGUGCCAAAUCAAUGCACCAUGCACUUCUUGAACCAGUAGACCGAAACUAAACGAGUUCCAUGUUCCACUCACUCAAUAUUAGGGUUUUCGAAGAGGAGCUUUCCGGACCAACUACUUAAGAUAUAGUGCCACCCAACGGUCCUGCACCACGUAAUAUUUAUCUAUGCCUUUGUUCACCAGGACUCCCUCUACUCGCUUCAAAACAUCAGAACCGAACACGAUUUGUACAUACACAACUUAUACGUACAUACUACCAAAGGUGUAUAUUUUUAUGAACAAGACACUAGAAAAAUGCAACUAAGGGAAACGAAACUCAGAUACAAAUGUAACAACUAAUGAAUAACAUAUCCUACCACACAGCUUAAAGUUGAUAUACAAAACGUAACGGAGCUCAGCGAGCCCACAUUCAUCGGAUAGUUUCGAUACCCGAUCACCGAUCGCCGAUAACCAAUUGCUAAAGUCCCGUUCCAUGUUUUGCUUUCGUUAGUUACCAAGUUGGGUCAAACUUUGCUCAUUUCCUUAUGCGGACUACAGUGCUCAUCGGCGAAAAGGGCUCUCAAUUAUCCGCUGAGUGUGCGCUCCGAAGAGUUACAAUCCGUACUAUCCGUACUAUAUGUACGGUCACCCACAUAAAUAGGCAAUACCAAUAACAAAUGACAAAUGUUACAGUACAGGCAAUCCAGUAACUGCGGGCUGAAGCUGCUCGCUCUUCCACCUUUCGUUUCUUUCGAUACCACCAAAUUAAGAUAAAUGUUAUGGGAAUAUGAUAGUUUUAAUAGAUUUUCUACAGUUCCAAUUUAAAGCGAAUAACAACCAAGUCAACAUAACGUGCAAUAUAUAUAUUGAUAAGUGUAAAGGGAAAACCAGAAGCUUCCGUUAACAAAAGUAUGCAUUUCACUACCACAUAUUGUUUCCGUACUUUUUUAAUCCCUCGAACGGAGGAUAAAAUCCACUCCAAGGUCUAUGCUCACUCAGAAUCAGAAAAACUGGAUAGGCAGAGGACGAACAAACCUAAUCGCAUCCACAAACACGCAUAGACACGCACACAACAAAAAGAACCGGACAACAAUAAGAGCAGCAAUAAAAACGAAGAUAAGGACGAAGAAGACCGUUCACUUAGGAGCCAAGCCUGAUUAUGAAAAAAAAAAAAACGAAAUCGGAAUAAUCCGCAUUUCAUUGUUUUAUUGAUUCGAAAUGGCUUUGGACGAUUGUUUUCUUAUUGAUUGAUUUUCCAGCUGAAUAUACCGGACCUAAGUUUUUGUUUAUUUCAUAAGACUGAAUUACUGGAAUAUGAUUUAUUUAAACGUGUAUAUAAUUAAGGUGUAAUAGCGAACUUUACAACUUUUACUAAUGAAACAUCAAAAUUUUUAAAGUUAUUCCGAACUUAUUUAUUAAAAAAAAAAAAAAAAUAGAUGAAAGUGAGGAGAAGAAAAGAGGAUACAAGUGAUGAGAAAGUCGUGAGCGAAUGAAGUUAAUAUGCAACUAUUAAUAUACAAUUUAUAUGGGAAAAUCCCCAUGUGAAAAUGAUGAUAUAUAUAUAUAUAUAUAUAUAUGUAUAUAUAUAUUUCAAUGGAUCGAUAAAAAGC